AGCUGUAGGGCUAUGGAGGGGGGUCCUGGGGCAAGAACUGUGGGGUAGCAACGUGCCAUGGGGAUACUGCUUGUGUCACCCCUAUCUGCCAGCAUCACCCCUCACCCCCAUGAGAGGCCACCGGGGGUCACAGGGUUGGGACCCCAUGGCAUGGGGCCACUCACAAUAGGGUUGAGGUGGGGCUGUUCCUCCCCACCAGUGACCCUUAACCCUGUGGUGUUUACCCAAGCACAGCCCCCCAGCCCAGGGGCGGGGGCUGAGCUGGGGGAUAAAAGGACCUGAAGUCCCCAGAGAAGCACCGCAGUCCAAAGUUCUGCUCUGGUGAGAGGCUGCGGGGUGGGAUUAUGAUGUGGGUGGGCAGGAUGGGGCUUAAGGGGUGGGAUAGGGCUGUGGUGUGGAACGGGGCCAUAGGGUGAGAUGGGGCUGUAGGGCGGAAUGGAGCUGUGGGACAGAGGUGGGGGCAAGGCAGGGGCUGUGGGGUGGUUCUGGGGCAAUGGGAUGGGCUGUGGCCCGAUAUGGGGUGCAGCCCCCUGGAAAGGGGACGGUGCCCCAUGGCCACCACCACCCUCAGCCACUGCCAUGAAACGUCUGUGGGUCGCGGUGCUGCUGCUGCUGUGUGUGUGCCAUGUGGGGUCCGUGGCCGUGCCCCAAACCGAAGAACCCCCGGAGGCUCCCCCAGACACCACCACCCUCCUGAGCCGCCAUUUCCAGACCCUGAGCGACUUCAUCACCAAAGAGCUGCCCCAGCGCCUGCGGGCGGACGAGAUACAGCAGCAGGCCAAGGCUUAUGCUGAGCGUGCAGAGGUGCAGCUGAGGCCUUUGGCUCAGGAGCUGCGCAGCAACGUGCUGGGGCUGUUCUCCUCCCUUCUGGAUUUUGGGAAAACUGGGGGCACGGAGAAGGACUGAGCCCCACAGGGACGGGACUGAGCCCCAUAGGAAUGGGACUGAGCCCCACAGUGAUGAUAUGGGGGGAAUAAAGCAUGGAGCUGUUGUGGAAGGUGUGUCUGUGUGUGUUUUGGGGAUACGGAGCUGUGGGGUGGGUGGAGGGAUGGGGGUUGUUGGGAUGUGGGGCGCAUGGAGGUGUGGGGAUAGGGAUGUGGGGUAAAGGGACAGAGGGAAAUAAUGGGGAU